AUGUCUGUCUCACAAAGGAAACCCGAGGCUCGUACCAAGAAGCGUCAAGGAAGACGGAGCCGAUCAUUUGGUGGCUGCGUUACCUGUCGCGGCCGUCGCGUGAAAUGCGAUGAAGGUCGUCCUAGUUGCUCAAUGUGUAACAUCGCUGGUGUUGAAUGUGGUGGCUACAACAUAGACAUCUUUUUCGACUUUGAUGACCCAUCUACGACAACGGCAAAGUUUCGACGGCCACUAUUGACCGACAAUGAACGAAAAUGCAUGAGUGAGCAGAUUCUUCGAGAUAUUCAUCCCAGGUCGGCGAGUUGGCAUCUUUCCAAAAUCGAUGACGAUUGUGAAAAGACAACGUCGAAUCUACAGAUAUCGAGAGGUCCCUUUGGAGCUUUUCGGAUCAAUCGAGAGUUGAGACACGAUCCUGUUCCUAGUCCCAAUUUGGUACAUGACGACCUUGUAGACUCUUCAUGCAUCCAGGUUGUGGAUGACCAGGAAGAUAUCGUCGUCCCGGAUCUCGACUUUGACGUUGAGGUGGUCUCGCCAUCCGUGAAUAUCACAACGACCAUUGCUGAACCAGUCAAUCGACAAUCGCACGACUUUUUAAAUACCUUCAACAGUCUUCCCCCAUCCAAUUGGCUAAACUUUGGAAACAUCGAGAUACCAGACUGGUGGGAUUCCAUGGAUAUCGGACCAGUAUUUCCUUGGUCUGAUGAGUCCGCAACUGGCCCCAACCCUCAAUCAUCGAUCACAGUAUCCUCCAUCAUGCAGGUGCAGUCGCCAACGCUACCAUUAGCCGAUCCAUCGCCAAGUCCAGGCCCAAUAGCCGAAUAUGAUGUCCCAAGAGAUGCUGUCUUGCUGAUCAAGCAUUACUCAACAACAGUUCUUAAAGGUUUGACACCAUAUCGUCACAGCAAGACACCAUGGCAUAUCCUCUUUCUCCCUCAUAUCAAAAACUGCUUGGCAGCUUUGACACUGGGCGACAAUAUGGAUCAUGCGAGUUUAUGUGCAUUCUACGGGACUUUGUCUAUCAGCGCCUUUAGUCUCGGUGGGAUAUACAACUCGACAAAAUGGUUACAUCAAGCCAAAACAUAUUACCAACAAGCCCACCAUCAUAUCCGGAUGAUGCUAAAGACAGCAUACGAUAUACCGAAACGGGCCAAAUACAAGUCCAUACUCAUGGCGCUCUUGACGAUGGUACAAAUAUCGGUUCUUUCUGGAAACAAAGACGAGGCUGAGUACUACUUCUUGGAGACCGAGAAGUUUAUUCGUCUGAGGGGCCUUAAGCGUCGCAAGUCACGCAAGGUCCGACUACUGCAUCACUGCUAUGUGUUUGAGAGACUAUCUCAUGAGAGCAGCUUUACCGACUGCAGACUGAAUUUGGAUCAUCGAAAUCGCGUGCGUGAAGCAGUUGAGGCUAGCGAUGCGAGUAUUUAUAGUGUGGACAAUCUAUCUUUUCGCCUCACGAGCUGGAGAGAUCUGGACCAGGAGAUGUGGAAGGUAAAGGGCCAAGAGGAAGGCGAAAAUGAUUUACACCUCCAACAUCCAGGUAUCUGGUCCGCAACACUUUAUCCAGAGAUAUUUGGCGUACCAGAACUACACCUCUUCAUGUUAUCGUUGGUCAUACGUCUCGCGAGGGAAAAGGAUCAAAGUCAAGAUGAAGCCAUGCCUUUGAAAGAAUUCAUGGCUCGCGCAAAGGCUGUUGAGAGAUGGAUCAAGCAACUCCAUAUCCUCCGACAGUCAAUAUGGAUGACAGAAGCACCUGUGGACACAGAACAACAACAAUCCUUCGAUCUUCUCAACAGUCUCGCAGAUACGAUGCAGCAUGCCCUUUCUGUCUAUUUCUACCGAAGGAUCUACGACUUGGACCCUAGCAUGCUUGAGAAACAUGUCCUUGGUGUACGUGAUAGGCUACUUGAGUUUGACCAUUCUGAUGCAGGGAUGGGAUAUGGGUCUUUGAGGUUGAUAUGGCCUGCAUUUAUUGCAGCUUGUGAAACAGACGAUGCUGGUAUCAGAGACUCGUUUAUCCAGUGGUUUCAAAGUUCUUCUAAGAAGAGUGGGCUUCGGAUAUUUACUGAAACUAUGGAACGUAUUCAACAUGUAUGGGAUGGGAGGGACGGUGCAGGCAUUGCAGUUUCAAUGUAG